CUUUAAGACAACUAUUUCUUCUUGCCAUGGCUGUGACAAAGUCCUGUCUGCAGGAAGAACGUGGAGCUGUGACAUGGGGAGAUUGUGCUGUGCAACUGCUUGCACAGGUGCAACUUAAACAGGAACUUGAGUUGAGGGAUCAUAUUCAGCACUUGGCCGAAGAGCUGGUGCACAUGCAGCAAAAUGGGCCACCAAGUAGUGCUUCCGUCUCACAAGGGCCAGAUCCCAUUUCAGACCUCAUACACGCACUACAGCCUUUCACAUCGGAGGAGCACCUUGCACUAAGAUGCCUCAAGGCAAAGGUUGCCACAGACAGAGAAUGGACAGAGGUAGAUGAAGAACAAGAAAAUGUCACUUAUGGUCUAAAAAGGAAAGAGGCUAGAUGUAGUCAAUUAGGUUUGGAGGAAGAUAACAUUCAUAUAGGGAUAUCUGAAAAGAUAAAGAAAGAGGAUGGAUAUGUUACAAGUCACAGAACCCAAAAUCAGUGUGAGGACGAUUUUUUAACUGGAAAUAAUAAUCAUAAAGUCGAAAAUCAAAGUGGAGAUGUAACUGCACACAAAGCACACAAGGCAGGAGAUAUAUUAGACAAGGACCUACAAAAUCAGGAAGAGGGAGAAAUAAGAGCCGAUACUUUGAUAGAGGGGGAGAUAGGAAAACGUGCACCUCACACAGAGGAAGGAACAUCUGAAAUCAACGUAAUAGCACAUAGCACAACAGAACAUGCCACCCUACUCUGUACCGAGCGUACAGAGAAUGAAAUGAGCUGCAUGAUGAACGAUAAGGUAAAUCUUUUUGUGUGUUGA